CCCCCAGUGGCGCACAACGCCCGCCAGACACUGCGCGUCCGCCAGCGGAUGGCCGAUACGCAGGCCCACGGCCAUCCCUCCGCCGUGGAAUCGAGUGACCUGCACCGCCAGGUUGGGCAGAGAGGCCACGCCCACGGUCGUGAUCGACAGCGCCCAGCCCGGCAGCACGUCGGCCAGCUCGCUGUCGGUCCCCAGUCGCAGCUGCAGGCGUCCCGGGGCGGCUCAGGACCCGCUGCAGCCGGCCGUACCAUUGCGGAUACAGGUCCAGGGUCCGCACCAGGCCCGCCUGGAGGGCCAGCGAGGUGGGGGGCGGGGGACCGUCGGCCGUCGGGCACGAUAAGGAGGAGUUGUAGUCAAGUCAGUUCAUGGCCGGGACAACCAUACCAGUGA